GAAAAAUGCUGCCAAUACUGGCCAUCGGAGGGCUCUGUGACUCACGGAGACAUCACCGUGGAAAUCAAGAGUGACAGCCUGUUAGAUGCCAUCAGUGUGAGGGAUUUCCUAGUCACAUACAGUCAGGGUAACCAGGAGAAGCAGAGCAGGCUCGUCCGGCAGUUCCACUUCCAUGGGUGGCCAGAAAUCGGGAUUCCUGCAGAAGGGAAGGGGAUGAUCGACCUCAUUGCAGCCGUGCAGAAGCAGCAGCAGCAAACAGGGAAUCACCCCAUCACUGUGCACUGCAGUGCUGGUGCAGGGAGAACGGGGACCUUCAUAGCACUGAGCAACAUCCUGGAAAGAGUGAAGGCUGAAGGGCUCCUGGAUGUGUUUCAAGCUGUGAAGAGCUUAAGACUGCAAAGGCCACACAUGGUGCAAACACUGGAACAGUAUGAAUUCUGCUACAGAGUGGUACAAGAUUUCAUCGACAUCUUUUCUGAUUAUGCUAAUUUUAAAUGAGAAUUCUGCCUUAUUUUUUAAUUUGUCUGUACAAAGAGUUGUAUAUUCUGUUAAUUUAUUCCAUGUCAUUUUGGUUGUUGAGUUUACUGUAAAUACAAUGUUGUGUUUGCUCUUAAAGUUGCAUUUGCUGUACAGAGUUCUUUCUUAAAUAUAAAUAUCUUCUAAAGGGAAGUAUAAUGUUCCUAUACUGUAUAGAUCUGUAAGAUGGGAUAGAAAUCUUUAUUCUGAAUAACAGUAAAUUAAUUCUUGAGGGUCUGUUUCUUGAGUUUUGCCACUUAUAAAUAUUUAUCAAUAAUGUUAUCUCCCAAUUCUUGAAGUUUUUGACAGGUGAGUUACAGUUUAUACUAAACAAAAAAAGCCAGUUGUGGUACCUAUGUUUAAACAUGUUUUGGCCAUAAAUUUCUCUUCACCAUGGAAAUAGUUAUUUAUUUUUAAAGGCUGUUUUUAAGAGCCUCUAGGUUGAUGGCAGUUUGAUUUUGAGUCUUGCUGUCCAUAAAGUAUAAACACAGAUUUGAAUUUCUGAGUUAUUACACCUUUAAAAGUCAAGUUAUUUUGUUCUUUCCUAAGUUUCACACUUCAGAAUUGAUUUUAAAAGACAAUAAUGUGAGUUUACCACUGUUUUGAGAAUAUUUGACAUAUGUGAAGAGUUUAUUUUGCAGCACCUGAACUUGUCCACUCAAAGAGCAAGGCCAGAAAUGGAGUUAAAGCUUCUCUUCUCUAUUUAUACGUGCAGAAUUUCCCACUUCUUUUAGCCAAAGCAAAAGAGAUAAACUCUUAUUGCUUGAUGUGAUUAAGAAUAUUGAUAAAAAUUUGAGAAAAUAUUUAACUAAUAGUUUAAUGCCAGAAAAAAUUGGUGUUGAAGCAAAAAGCUCCUCUCAGUUCUUACCCUCCCAUAUUUGUUAUCAAAAAAGGAAUGUUUCGUUUCUCUAAAGGGGGGUGUGUGAUUGUGUACAGAGAUAUAUUUUUAAUGGAAGUACUACUGAUAAUAGAAUUGGUGAAAUAACAUGUCAAAGUCUUUACUAGAGCCCCAAACAGGAGGUUUGGGGGUUAGAAAAUCCAAAAAUCACAGGGCAUCCGAAUGUUGAAUAAUUCAGAAGUGGAUCUUUUCCACUCUUUCCGAGGCACCUAUGACUUAAUGAGCACAAAGGAGGUGAAUCUGUACUUUAAUUACAUAAUUAAUAUGCAAUUCUGUCUCGUCCAGUUGGGCUUUUUUGAUGCAAACAUAAAAAUUAUUUAAAAUAAGCAGCUUCCACUGAGCAUUUCCCUGCUGCUCUUGCACUAUAUGAUCCCAUUUCUGAUAUAAAUCCCACUGUACCAAUGCCAGGGAAUGGGAAGGUGUCCACGCCUCUCCUUCCUUGUCAUGCUGGAUGGAAAAGCUGCAGGUUAGGAAUUCCUAAGCUAUUCCCACACUGCUUCUUGUCUUCCCAUCGAUGCACUUCUGUAUUUAUUUGUACAGUGAAUUAUGCACUUAAAAAAAAAAAAAAAAGAUUGUUGAAAGACUAAACCUUUGUUGUGAGUCUCUAUGAGAAGAUACACUCAAGCCACAGUGUUGAGUAAUGGAAAUGAGCUCUGAGGAAAUUUCCAUUUACUGCUGCAUGCUGAAAUUCCAUCAGAAUUUACAAAAGCCAUCAAAUAAAUUCAGUGUGGACACAGUGGAGGUCUCAGAACGGUCGUUUGUAGCACAGGGAGACUCAGAGAGGUUAAACGAGGACGGAGAAUAAUGCAAAGAAAUUCCCACUUUCUGAUCCUGAUGUCAGGAUCUUUCCAGGCAUUUACUUUGGAUAAUAAUUUCUCUGUUGGGCGGAUUUUGGGGUCCCUUGAGUAAAAACUCGGAUUGGAAGUUGCCUCAGUGCAACAGUGAGUUCGUGUGAUGUCGUUGGGGUCUCACAGCACAACUCCAGCUGCCCACAGGGUUUGCCACUCUGUGGUUACAACCAGUUGUAGGAUGGAGUUAAGCUGAGACAUUAAAUACUCAGUGGGCACUCAGAUUUUAGUUGAUAGCUGCAUUCAGAUUUCUAGGAGGAGAGAGAAAUACCUAAAAUGUAUUUCAGGAGUCACAACUAAAGCUCCGUAAUGAGUGCUUUUUUUUUUAUCAUUUGGAAAGCUUUGCUUCCCAGUCCUUGUGUCCAGCCUGAUCCCUGGGGAGCUGUGUCCUGGUGGAGAUGAAUUUUCCUUUCAAUUCCCUUACGUUGCAUGGAAUGGCUUUCAAAGGCCAAAUAGCUGGAUUGGAAGUUGUACAUUCUGAUCUGUCUGUGGUUUUGGUCACUGUGUGACUUGACUGUUGAUGUGUUCAGAUUGGUUCCAGUUCACCUCAGCAUUUAAGCUUUACAACACCUUUAUUCCACAAACCGUGGAGGUUCCAUGGGUUCCAUGUUCCUGGAGCAAUCCCUUAAGUGCUUUGCUGAAUUGGGCCUUAAUGAAGAAUGCAUAUUGUAAUUACAGUGUUUUUUAGGCUAUUUUUAUGUAUCAGUUUUUUAAACUUUUCAAACAAGCCUGACCACCCACGUUCAGUAUUUUGAAAUGUUUUCCUUUCCCUCAUCCCAUUUUUCCAUGUAAAGUUAUGCAAACUUCUCUGUAUAACCAAAAUGUAUUUAAUUUGUCAAAUCUUUAUAAUAUAUGGAUGUAUUAUACAGUUUCAGCUCUUAUUAUUUCCUUUUAUUACAUUUCUAAUUUGA